GGUGGAUCCCACAUGCAGCUAGUUGCAUGAUUUUCUCAUGUGCAAUUGACCAGAUAAGAGGCAGAUAUAUCAUUUCAAAUCAAACCGUCCAAAACGGGUCCACCGUAGAUGGGAUAUGAUCCAUAAAAGUAGUGCCCAUAUGACCUUAUUGGUUGUUUAGUGGUAUAAUGGACGGUUAAAAAAAAGUAGUGGACGUUUCAGAAUCCAAUCAAAGGCUAUGAUCCUCUACUCAAAUUUCAUUUUGAGGCCGGUUCCUCUACAGCAUUGUAGAUUUUCUACAAACUCCAAACCAGGGUCCACAGACCCGACGGGUACUCAGACCCAAAAGGUUCUGGAACCAAGACCGGACCCGAACCCUAUCCAUUACCAGUGGAACGCCGCCCACAAAACGGUCGGCGUUUGUAAAAACGUUGCUGAAUCGCCGCCUUAAACCCUAAAUCUCUCUCUCUCUCUCUCUCUCUCUCUCUCUCUCUCUCCUUCGAGAAGCAAUUCAAGGAAAGCUGAGAUUUUUUGAGAAGGGAUUUUCAAGGCGAGGGAGGAAGUUCGUUCUUCAGAGCUCGAUUUCCCAAACACUGCGUUUCGAAUCCGUUUCAGAAAAAAAAAAAAAAAACCCAAACUCGAAUCGUUUCAGUUUCAACGGAAAAACUCGUUUCCACCUUUCCCUCUCUAUAGCGUUUCUCCAGGUAAAUAUGGUUCAUUUGGUAAUUUAUGGUUUUUCAUGAGGCAUUUCCAUUCUCUGUACGGGGAUUGAAGCGGGUUUUUCUUAGAAGAGACAACGCUCUCAAAUUACUUCCUUUUUGGAAUUCCGUUCUCUCAUUUUCAUCGGCUUUACUUGGACAUGAUUUGUCGGUUUCCGAAGAUUCUGGAGACGAGAAUCUGCCGAAGACAGUCCCGAAAAGGGUUUCGGCAGAAACCUGGAAGCAGAACGUCAGAAGGGGCGGUUUCAUCAAACAGGCAUCCUUGGAUUUUGGAAUUCGGGACAAUCUAAGGAUAGUGGAAAUUCUUUCAUGCCGUGGCUGGGAUUUGGGUUUCCCGGACACACUCACGGCCUGUCUCGAUGAUUCACAUAUGGUGUGGAUUCUGAAUGAUCUCUAUGGCGAGAGCUCUGACGCUAAACUCACUUUCCUCUUCUUCAGUUGGUAUGGGAAUUGCAGUGAGUCGAAGCAUGGGAUUCGGUCGGUUUGUGCAAUGAUACGUAUUUCUGUUUCGGGAAAUAUGAAUCAUGAAGCAAUGCGUUUGCUUGGAUAUCUUGUUAGAAACAGGGAUGGAGGAGAUGGUUGGCAUGACGUGGUGUUCGAUUUUCUUGGGGAGAGCUGUACGGAUAGAAGUGUUUUGGAAACUGUGUAUAGCAUGCUCGUUAGCUUAUUUGUAGAGGAAAACAUGAUAGACUUUGCUCUCAAGUCGAUUUAUCGAAUGAAGGUGCUUAACUUCUUUCCUGCAAUUCAGGCUUGUCAUUCUAUUAUUCGUGCACUCCUAGAAUCAGAACGGUUGGAAUUGGCUUGGGAAGUGUUCGAAGAAAGUGAAAAUGCUGCUACUAUUAGCUUAUUUAUCCACAAGUAUUGUGCUGAAGGCAGUUUGUCUUGCACUUGUAAGCUGCUCCUUGAAAUGAAGAAUUACGGGUGCGAAGCGGAUAUUGUCGCAUACACUAUUGUGAUCGAUGCGCUCUCCAAAAGGGGUCUUUUAAAAGAGGCGACUUCACUCCUGUGCAAAAUAAUCCAGAUGGGUCUCUCUCUGGAUUCCAUUUCAGUUGCCUCGAUUGUCAAUGGUUACUGUAAGGCAGGAAGGAUGGUGGAAGCAAUGGACGUUUUGAAGGUGUCCAGUUCCACACCUGACAUUUUUAUGUAUACUAGCUUUAUUUCAGAGUUUUGUAGCAAGGGUAAUGUGGUAAAUGCCAUUGUGUUGUUCGAUGAGAUAUCUGAGCUGGUUAUGUUUCCUGAUUGUUUUAGCUACACUACGAUUAUCGAAGGUUUCUGUAAAGUUGGUGACAUGGAUCGAGCUCUUAAAUAUUUUGGCAAAAUGUUGAAAAAAGGGCUUAACCAGUCCAUUGUCACAUAUACAGUUCUCAUUAAUGGCUUUUGCAAGAUCGGAGAUUUGGAAGCCACUGAACAUUUGUUUGAUGUGAUGACAAGAGAGGGCCUGAAACCAGAUGUGGUUUGUUAAAAUGUGUUGAUAGAUGGCCAUAGUAAAAAGGGUUAUAUGCAUAAUGCUUGCGAGUGGUUAGGUAUGAUGAGGAUAGCUGAUGUUUCGCCGGACAUUGCGACCUAUAACAUUCUCAUCCAUAGUCUUAUCAAAAGAGGCUUUGUGAAACAGUCGAGAGAGAUCUUGAAUGAGCUCGUUAUGAGAGGGGUUUCGCUAGACAAACUCACAUUUACCAACAUCAUUCACGGGUUCGUUAAAGAAGGUAGCUUUCAGGAGGUGUAUCUUCUAUUGUGUCAAAUGAGUGAAAAGGGUCUGAAACCUGACGUCGUCACUUGCAGCGCUCUCCUUAAUGGGUAUUGCAAAGCACAUCGUACGCAGGAAGCAGACGCUUUGUUUCAUAAGAUGUUGGAUGCAGGUCUGGAUCCAGACAUGACAUUGUACAACACACUUGUGCGGGGUUAUUGCCGUGAUGGAAAUAUACAAGAUGCUUGCAGAGUUGUAACCAUGAUGGUUAAACAUGGCCUGAUUCCCAAUGAUGCAACGCACUGGGGGCUAGUCUCUGGUUUUGACAAAUACGGGGUUGAAAAUGCUGCAGUAAAUGCUUUCAUUAAAUUACAUCAGAUAUUACUUGACAAUGGUAUUGACAUUGGUAAAUCUCAUUGUGCGGCUAUGCUCGGUUUGACAAAUGGGAGCUCUUAAAACAAUUGUAGAAUCUUCUUUUGAAUUGAUCACACACAUGGGUUUAUGAGCAGCAGUGAAAUGGAUAGUAUUGAAUCUAUGCUAUCAAUUAAAAUGAAUUGGGGAUGAAUGUUGGGAUUGGCUUGCAGCUCAUUAAGCUUGGAAAUCUUUUAGACUCAACAUACUACGUGCCACAGGCCUUCAUUGUGGCUAGUCUGUGCUUCAGGCCUUGACUAAUGACUAGAGGUUUGGAUUACUGACAUUCUGAUACGUAUUUGGGGAACGUUACCUUUUCAGUCUAUGCUGAUUUCUCAUUUGGAGAUGAGGCAGCCAGGUCCUAUUCAUGAAGUAAUAAGCCUUGUGCACUCAAAGAAGUGAACAUGUUCAGCACGGACCCUCUUCCUUUGCUGCUAUAUUAAAGGGUCUAAGAUGAUCUGAAUAGGAUCUUUGUUAGCUUGCCACAGUCAGAUGCAUUCUAAGGAAGGGAAUGCGAUUUUUAGUGGCUUUGCGAGAAGAUGCAUUUUGUUUAUUGGUCACUUUGUUGAAAGGAGCCGUUCGUGCACUGAUGGAAGUCUUAUAUCAGGUAAUUCAACUUCUCUCUAAAAAUAGACUUC